AUGUUUCCCUUAACUCUCACUUAUUUAUGGCUAUUGUUCCUAGGCCAGUCCCAAGCUCGGAACAUACCUGCUAACGUCCAAGAAUUAUACGACUCGGUAGUAGCACAGGGAUCCUGCAAGAAACCGCUGCAGACGGGCUUCUAUGACAUGCCUCGCAGCAACGACAACAGCUUCGUCUACUGUGGCGACCACCUCGAGGACUACGGCAUCAUCUACCUGCAGGGCAGCCACGGGAAGUUGGCAAACAUGGACGUGGACUGUGACGGGGCCAUCACGCAGAACGAUGAUGGAAGGUGCGGCAACGCGCACUCGACUCGGAGCACAACGGCCAUGCGGCGGUUUGUCUCUGCGUACGAGAACGGCGUCGUGGACCUGAACCCUUUCGUACAUGACUACGUCGUCUUCGGGAAUACGGGCGACAGCCCUGGCUGGUCCACUUUCGACCCUCGCGACUAUGGCAUGCUACCCCUGAGCGUGAUGGCGGUCGUGUGCAAUAAUAGUGUGGUCUAUGGAAUCUGGGGAGACACGAACAGCGACGAUGGGGUGAACCCUCGCAUAGGAGAAUCGUCAAUUUCUAUUGCGACUCUCUGUUUUGGGACAGACACGGACGGCGAGGCCGGGUACGACAAGGCGGAUAUUCUGUACAUAGGUUUCGUGGGUACCGAAGCAGUGCCAGGCACGAGCGCUAAGUGGCAGGCGGUAGACGAAAACGAAUUCCAGGAAAGUAUUCGUGGGCUGGGCGAUACACUCAUACAACGCAUUGGCAGGCCGUGA